AUGUCUCCAAACCGCUGGCUUGCUACUCCCGUCGAUGUUUCGCCACUAAACCAGCCGUUGGUUCUUUAUCCCUCUGGAAGAGUUGUCAAGAAUCGCCUUGUGAAGUCUGCCAUGACUGAGGGACUGGCAACGUGGACUGUCAAAGACAUUGCGGGGCGUGGUAUACCAACUAAAGAAAUAAUUGAGCUUUAUCGGCAAUGGGGUGAAGAUGAAAAUACAUUCGGCAUCAUUGCCACCGGUAACAUCGAUUUGGAAUAUGACCAGGUAGAUUCUGUUGGCGAUAUGAUCAUUACACUUCAAGAUUCUUUUACUGGCUCUCGAUUUGAAGGGUUUAAAGGGCUAGCAACCGCUGGAAAGGCGAAUGGUGCUCUUGUAAUUGGACAGCUUGCUCAUCCGGGAAGCCAGUUAUUUGCUCAUGUACGCCAAGACGCAAUCUCCCCCAGUGGUAUUCAGCUUCCCCCAUCUAAAGGCCCCAUUGGAGAAUUUUAUGCCAAGCCCCGGGCAGCAACUCAAGAAGAUAUUGACCACGUCGUUGCUAGCUUUGUCCAUGGAGCUGAAUAUCUCUAUGCAGCCGGUUUUGACGGCAUGCAAUUAAACGCUGCGCACGGCUAUCUUCUUGCACAAUUCCUCUCGCAACGUAUGAACAAGCGCACUGAUUCUUAUGGCGGUACCAUAUCUAAUCGCAUGCAAAUUAUAAUUGACAUUGCUAAAGGAGUUCGGAGCAAUACUGCAAUUCCAAAGGACUUUAUAUUAAGCAUCAAGCUGAAUAGCGUCGAGUUUCAGGAGGGAGGGCUUACACCCGAAGAGGCGCGAGAGAUGUGUGCCAUACUCGAUGGUGAUAACGUUGGCCUCGAUUAUAUUGAACUGAGCGGCGGUAAUUGGCAUGAUUUGGGCAUGCAUUGGGAGCGCGAGAGCUCACGCAAAAGAGAAGCAUUUUUUCUUGAAUUCGUCGAUCGCAUAGUACCUGCUUUGGGCCCAGUUCCUCGACAAAUGAAGGUCUUUGUGACAGGUGGGUUGAGAAGCGCAGCUGCUAUGGUGAAAGCGAUGGAUGUGGUAGAUGGCAUCGGUAUCGGCCGGCCAGCAGCACAGGAACCAAGAUUUGCAAAUGAUCUUUUCAGUGGCCGCAUUCUUAGUGCUAUUAAGCCAGUUAAGAUGCUUGAGGAUAUUGGCAUGGGAUUUCGUUUGGCGGGUACGCAGAUGGGCCAAAUCGGGAGAGGAGAAGAACCAUUGAAUGCCAGUGAUGACAAAACGGCCAGAGAGUUCUUGUUAGAUCAAGAAAUUUGGUACAGUGAGAUGCUGUCGGAUGCUGAUAAGCUGACUGGCCACGGCAAUGUCUCCCUGUCAACUCCGCAGCGUCCAUAUGGCCAGCUUGAUUGGUAA